AUGAGUCCCUCCUUCUGCUCCAGACUUGCUCUCCUGCCCGGGCUGCGGGUCCUGCCCCUACUUGCUGACUUCCCGUACCUGCUGUCUCAGUUCCUCACCCUCUGUCCAUGUUCUCCUUACUUUCGCUUCCAUCCUGUUUGCUUUACAGCCAAACGCCUCAGCAUAAUACCCAAAGUCAUUAGCAGUAGCAGACGUGCCCUGACUGUCCUGGCCUUGGCUUUGCCUCUCACCAUUUCCCACUUCCCUGUGCUGGUCAUCCUGCCAAGUUCCAGGGCCACUCCUUUUCCAUCAGAACCUCACCUUGGAUAUCACUUCUCCCAAGAUGCCUCUGAAUCACAGAUCAGGCUAAGUGACUCUUGCUUGUGUUGGCAGAGUAUUUCAAAGAUGGAUUUUUCUAAGCCCACUAAAUAG